AUGAAUACGGACCAGGAACAAGCACCAAAGUCACCAAGACGGAGUUGGUCCAGUUAUCCGCGGCCCUCUAUAUAUACGGGGCGCUGCGGUGAUCUUCGAUCCUUGGAUGAAAUAGCUCCUGUAUUCCGGCAUGUGUUUUGUGAAUACCCUAGUUUCAAUGAAAUUCAAUCGAUGGUCAUGGAUGACAUGUUAUACACGGACAAGUCACUGGCCGUAAGUGCUCCUACGGGGUCGGGGAAAACGGUAAUCUUUGAGCUGGCCAUGGUGCGGCUGCUCAUGAAUAUGGAAGAUGCCAAAUACGCGGGAGACUUCAAGAUGAUCUAUAUUGCUCCAAUUAAGGCCCUGUGUACCGAAAAGUUCCACCAUUGGAGGGAAAAUUUUGAACGUUUAGGAGUGAAAAGUGCCGAGGUUACUGGGGACACAGAGUUCCGCGAUUUCUGGGAUUUGCCAGAUUGCAAUUUGAUUCUCACCACACCGGAAAAGUGGAAUUCAAUAACCAGACGGUGGAGACAGAACGUAAAUUUUGUUCGACUCAUUAAAUUGGUUAUGAUUGACGAAGUUCACAUUUUGAAUGAUCCAUUUCGGGGACCUAUACUGGAAGCGGUGGUUUCUCGGAUGCGCAGCAUUCACCGAUUUAUUGAUACGGGCAACGCUCAACGUGCCGAGCCGAUGAGAAUUGUAGCGCUGUCAGCAACAGCUCCCAAUGCGGCAGAUUUGGCUUCAUGGGUCGGAGGACAAAAUACAACUUGUUUUUACAACAUCCCAGAAUCCCGCCGGCCUAUUAAAAUAGAAAAACAUAUUUUGGGUUUCUACUGUGAUCCUACCACGACAUCAUAUAGAUUCGAUCUUAACCUAAACUACAAACUGUUCGAUGUCAUUCGAAAACAUUCUAGCGGACGUCCGACGCUUGUGUUCUGUAGCACUCGCAAAGCGACUGAGGUUGCGUCAAAACACCUAACCGAUAAUCAUUCCCUGGGGUUGACAGGAGAACAGAAAUACACCCUUCGAACAGUAGCAGAAAAGGUUCAAAAUGGGGAUCUGAAUCAACGAAUCGUGGCUGGAUAUGCCUAUCAUCACGCUGGACUAAGCUUUGCCGACCGUAGUUUGGUCGAGAAUUCAUUUCGGUCCGGUCAAAUUCCAGUACUUCUAUGUACUAGUGCUCUAGCGAUGGGUGUUAAUCUGCCGGCGCACCUGGUGGUGAUCAAAUCAACUCAGAUGUACACCGACUACGGUAUGGAAGAGUAUCCGGAAAGUAGCGUCUUUCAGAUGAUCGGUCGUGCUGGUAGACCACAGUAUGACACUUUUGGAGUUGCAGUCAUCAUGACCCAAAGGGAAAAAGUGAAAAAAUAUGAAUCGCUUACCAAUGGAUCCGUCCCAAUAGAAUCUUACCUACACGAACAUUUGGCCGAGCACUUGAACUCGGAGAUUGUGCUGCAAACCAUAACUGACUUGCGUAGCGCAAUGGACUGGGUGAGGUCGACAUUUCUCUACGUCCGGGCCCUGGCGUCACCUGCACGCUAUGGUCUUCUCGGUGUCGGUCGGGACAGAGUUCAGAUCGAGAAAAAACUAGAAGAACUUAGUCGGACCGAAUUGAACGCUCUGGUGAAAUAUUCCCUGGUGACGAUCGCGAAAGAUCAAGGUGAUAUUACCGAUGCCAUGUCGAUCAGAGCUUCUCAGUAUGGCCGCCUAAUGGCACAGUACUGUCUCAGUUUUCGGACGGUUAAAUUGCUGAUCAAGAUCAAAGGAUCCGAAUCGCUACUCGAAAUGUUCACCAUUUUAACGCACUGUGAUGAAUUUUCUGCCUUCAAAUGUCGUAACAGCGACAAGCGCAUACUGAACGAAUUGAACCGUUCCCAGACCAAAGCUACUAUCCGUUUUCCGCUACGUGGUCGUAUUCAGACCACCCCCGCAAUGGUUUCCUGCCUACUGCAGGCAGUAUUCGGAAAUUUAAACAUCGAACAUCAUUCACUUCAACAGGAAGUGGCUAGAAUGAUAACCGUAGGAAAACGGUUGAUUAAAUGUAUUACGGAGUUCAUUUCUGUAAAUUGCAACCGAGUUAGUGAGGAAAAUGGCGUGUACACUGCUUUGCUGAGCACACUGAUUUUGGUUCAAUGUCUUGAGACGAAGCUCUGGGCGAAUAGUCCUUACCUUACCAAGCAGCUUAGAGGAAUCGGAACGGUGUAUGCUAGCAAUUUGGCUGCUAGAGGAAAAAUUAGCUUCCAGGAGGUGGCCAAUACAGAUCCGAGGGAGUUGGAAGUUAUUGUGAAAAAGGCACCACCAUUCGGCAACGAUAUCGUUGAUUUUGUUCGGAAACUCCCGACGUUUUCGAUCCAACUUGCAUUGAAACAAGAUUACAUGAUGGGAGUAAUUGUUGUUCAGAAUAACCCAGUACACGAUAAACAAAUAUUGGUUAAACUGGCAAUACUUAUCGGAGACACGAACAAUAAUGUACUGUAUUUCAACGAUAAUUGUGACUCCAGUUUCGGUGGAAACGGUAGUUUCUCUGCUUCGUUCAAAAUCCCCGAUGCAACGGCAGCUUCCGCCACGGCUCAUGUGGUUUGUGCCAACUGGGUUGGGUUGGAUUGUUCACAGACGAUUGUCAUCAACGAGGAUACGUAUGCGGCCGCGAAAUCAACGGCUUGUCGGCCGAGACCGAGACCUCCGAAAUCGAACAAUCAACAGUCGAAAAAAAUCACCGAAUUCUACCGCAAGGAAGAUUCCAUUCGACUUGAUUCUUCUGCCGUUGCUGCUGGAAACAAAGUUGUCGAUGUCGAUGAAGUUAUCGAUUUGUCAGUGUGGAACAAUACGUGCAACCUGACGUCUACUAUUGAAAUUGAUAGUUCUCCCGAGAAAGGAACACUCGAGUGUUUUCGUUUCACCAAGAAAUCCAAGAUAGCUCCGGUUGUUUCCAACGGAACUAAGACUGACCAGUUGACAAGGCCAAAUGUUUUCAUUGAAACUGAAGAUUUCAAAGCAAAUUCCGAAAAUAUUCCACCUAAUGCAGCAAAAAACAUGAAAACCACAAAUUAUACUUCCAUUUCUGCUGUUGCACCGCAAUUAGCACCAUGCAUUUCUCAGAGUAUUCCUCAGUACAACAGCGGUACAAGCCGUCAGAAUUACUUUAAAGAUAUCAUCGGAAAGAAUCCUUUUCUUCUUUUCGGAUCACCAGAAGAUCAACAGAACACACGGCACAGUUCAGUACGUCGUGUGUGUAUUUUUGGUGUGUUCACCGAAAUCCCCAAGGUUAAACAAAGUACAUUAUCCGCCGUUGUUCAACCUCGAGUUAAACCGGAAAUCCAUUCUAAAAAGCAACAACCCGAUGAAGACAUUGAUAUUUGUGGACAGCGUCAGGACUACUUCUUUAAGCGACCGUGUCGAAGUCAGUUAAUCUUGGGAAUCGACGAAUUCCUAGCAUCACCGCCGAAGAAGCAAAAGGGAAAUUUCUUCCGGUAAGCCGACAGCUUUUAAUUUGAAAUAAUCACUAAAGUGAUGGUUUUUAUUGAGUAACGAUUGGACAAAUGAAAUAGAAUUACACU